AAUUACUAAAUGAAAGCCGAGAGGUUGGCGGCAUAGAACGUAAGCGGCAGAAGAAAAAUAUCGGAAAAAUACAAAUAGAAACACAACAGACCUCACUCGGAAUUAAAGUCGCAGUUCAAAAUGGCUCGAAAUGCGGAGAAGGCUAUGACAACGCUGGCUCGUUGGCGAGCAGCUCAAGUAGGAGAUGAACCUAAUAAACAGGAGAGGAGACCAUACCUUGCAUCAGAAUGUAAUGAUCUCCCAAAAGCUGAAAAAUGGCGCAUGCAAAUUAUCAGAGAAGUAGCCAAAAAGGUGGCUCAAAUUCAAAAUGCUGGUCUUGGAGAGUUUCGUAUAAGAGAUCUAAACGAUGAAAUUAAUAAGUUGCUUAGGGAAAAGGGUCAUUGGGAAGUUCAGAUCAAAGAUCUUGGUGGACCAGACUAUCGAAGAGUUGGUCCACGGAUGUUGGAUCAUGAAGGUAGGGAAGUACCAGGAAAUAGGGGAUAUAAAUACUUUGGAGCAGCUAAAGAACUUCCAGGUGUGAGAGAGCUAUUUGAGCAAGAACCUCCAGCGCCUCCACGCAAAACAAGAGGUGAGCUGAUGAAAGACAUUGAUGCUGAUUACUACGGCUACAGAGACGAUGAUGAUGGACUCCUGUUGCCUCUUGAAGAAAUUGCUGAAAAGAAAGCUAUAGCAAAAGCUGUCAGUGAGUGGAAAGCGAAGAAGGCAGAAUCAAUGGAAGGAGAGAGCAGUAAAGUGGAUGAAGAGCAAGAAGAAAAUAUAUAUGCCGUUGCUGCUGAAAGUGAUUCAUCUGAAGAGGAUAGUUCGGACCAAAGCAAAAGUGAAAGAGCUCUCCAGCCAAGGUUUAUAGCCCAUGUUCCAUCACCUUCCCAGAAAGAAGUUGAACAAGCUCUACUUGAGAGGAGGAAGAAAGAGCUAUUAGAGAAAUAUGCUAGCGAAAGUCUUGUUAAGCAGUCCAAAGAAGCAAGCGACAUGUUAGGUAUGAGAAACUAAGUAUUGUUCUAGUGUAGGAAAAUCAAUAUACAUUUUAAAAAUA